GUGUUGCAGCUUCCUUGGAAGUCUCAGAAAGCCCUGGGAGUGUCCAAGUCGCCCGAGGUCAGACGGCAGUAUUGCCCUGUACUUUCACUACCAGCGCUGCCCUCCUUAACCUCAAUGUCAUUUGGAUGGUCAUUCCACUCUCCAAUGCUAACCAACCUGAACAGGUCAUCCUCUAUCAGGGUGGACAGAUGUUUGAUGGAGCCCCCCGAUUCCAUGGUAGGGUAGGAUUUACAGGCACCAUGCCAACCACCAAUGUCUCCAUCUUCAUUAAUAACACUCAGUUGUCAGACACAGGCACCUACCAGUGUUUGGUGAACAACCUGCCAGACCGAGGGGGCAGGAACAUUGGGGUCAUUGGUCUCACAGUGUUAGUUCCCCCUUCUGCCCCAAACUGCCAAAUCCAAGGAUCCCAGGAUAUCGGCAGUGAUGUAAUUCUGCUCUGUAGCUCAGAAGAAGGCAUUCCUCGACCCACUUAUCUUUGGGAGAAGUUAGAUAAUGCCCUCAAACUACCUCCAACAGCCACUCAGGACCAGGUCCAGGGGACGGUCACCAUCCGGAACAUCAGUGCUCUGUCUUCAGGUUUGUACCAGUGUGUGGCCUCUAACGCCAUUGGGACCAGCACCUGUCUUCUGGACCUCCAGGUGAUUUCACCAACACUGGAGCGCAUUGGUGCCGUGCCUGUCAUGGUACCAGCCCAGAGUCGGGCUGGGUCCCUGGUAUAGGACAGGAGGGGGUAUGGACAGUGUUCAAAACGGAAUCCACCGUACACGGGAGGGUGGGCUGAAGGCUGGGUCAGAAACACUUGUCAUUGUCUUGGUGUCAAGCCCAAGAAGCAGCAAUGCUGUUAGCGGGCCACUACGGUUUUCCAAGGGGCCAGAGGGCUCCAUCGUGAACACUGCUUUCCCCAGCAGAUAACUUCUGGGAUCUUGUUCGAAAGCUGGAUCUCAGGGAUGUGCCAAGCCGAGAAGAAAGCAGGAAAGCACUUCAGCCCCAAACUGCAGUCCAAACGGGCUUGUUCUUUAAUCUUUAAUGGCUUUGUUUUUGUUUCUUCAGGAAACUAAAGUGCCAGAUGAAGCUUAAGUAAUGAAGUUAUUCGAAAAGCAAAGUAUCUUUAGGUAAAAACAGUGAGCAAGCCUGCAUUAUCUUCCGUGUCUCCCCACUCGCUCCUUACGUAGAGGACUUAAUGGUAGAAACAAUUCAUACUAGUCCCCACAUGACUGGCUCAUGUAUCAAAGAAUCAAAAAAUUCCAAGUAAAAGAAAUGCAGUAAGACGUGAGGGAAAGCAGAGGACACUUCUUUGAGAUGUCCCUUCUUAUUUAUUUAUUUAUCUCUUCUUGAACCACGAAUAUUCCAUGUUUGGAAUGUUGCUGUGAUGGCAGGUUCUUGCCGGUCUUCUCAUGUCUAGGAUCAGGUUCUGGUCCACGGCAAAGGUUCCCUAUUUCCUGGAAAACGAUCUUUUUCAAAGACUGCUUAAGAUGAACAAACAAAAACACAGGAGGGGUUUUGUUCGACACCCCAGUGCUAUGGGAGGAGCAACUCGUUUGACAGUGAUCUGCUCAGGAGGUCAUCUCUGAGGAGCGAGGUUGUACUUGGAGUGGGCAACUCGGCCUUCCAGUGCAGCCUCUCUCCUCCUGGUUAUCACACUGAGUUGUUCGUAAUGAGGGCAGCACCUGGUGCCUCUGCAGAAGUAGAUAAAUGUGCCCUUUGUUUGGCAAGUAGAGGUUAGUAGGUUGUUACAGGGUAGGGGUUAUUUUGUUUUCAGCUGGUUUCAAACGAAUUCGUUUAGCAGAAGCAUUAAGGCCAAGACAGUAGCAGCAUCUUCAGGUGUGUCCUCAGGAGGGCCUGCCCUAUGUCUGUAACAGCUGCAAGGUUUCAGUUUUGCCCAGGGUUGUCCCCAGAGGCAUUUUACCCCUCUGUAGGGAGGCUCCUUUUGUGAUUAAUUGCCCGGCUUGGCUGGCCUGGCAGUCCAUCAGAUAACUUAGCAGCUCCCCACAAUAUUUUGUGCUGUGUGGCUCUGGCAUUACUUGCGGGUGACUGUUUUGCCUUAAUCACAGGUUGUUAAGCAACCACAGAUGAUUUCUCCUCAGAUUUGUUUCCUACAUUAUUUAUAAUACCAACCCCGUGAUUCAUGAAGAGUGUCUUCUCUUUCCCAGAUGCGUUCCCUCACUUCCCCCACUCUCCAGGCUGCUUGCCCUCAUUUCUUCCAAGCACGGGCAUCAUAAGG